UAAACUGGUUCGAUGCCAUACUUGGUGUUUAUUGAAUUUCGUUGCCUCACCCUGAUGGACACCUGUGUUAAGGAGGUUUUUAUUUUGACAGGCCUGAGUUACUUUUUUCAUAUCUCGGUGUUUGUGUGUUUGAUAAUCCAAUUGUGAGAGUCAUGGCUACAGCCAGGUCCACUGUGGCAAGGGCCCAGCUCAAACCGUCUUUGAGUCUUGACCCGACCGGAUUUCCACCCGCCGACUCACCCUCCGGGGAUAAUGCUAAGAAAACUAUUAUCACGGGAUUUGGACACGUUCAAAGCCAGUGUGAAGGAUGAAAUCCUACAAUGGAUCACGAUGCUACGGAAGUGUGGCGUCGGCCAAGAUUGGAUGGUCACCAUUGUGGAACCAGCGGAUGUGCGAAAAACAAGCAAACUAUUGGCACGAACUUCGGUGUUGGACAAAUUGAAACAAGACGUGGGUGGUCGGCAACCUGAUCGAUGCUGCUCUCUAAUUGUGAAUGAUGGUUUGGUCAGAUUCCGGCUAUUACCCAAAUAUCCAACGAAAAACGAUUCACGAGCAGCUGAAUCAUGGCAAACUCUACUUCAUAAAGUGCGAGUUCUUGCUCUUCAAGGAUACAAUCGGGUAUUGGGCAAGUUUGAGGAGAAUAUGCGAUCCGAACGUGAACGUCGAAAUGACCCCAAUUGGAACUUUUGCGACUACUUCCUUCUCCAAGAAGAGCUGGCUUUCACGUAUGAAAUGUUGGGCGUUUACGACGAGGCCUUGGUCCAAUAUGACGAAUUGGAUGCCCUCUUUACCCAAUUCAUUCUCAAUUCCAACGUGACUGAGAGCCCGUUGUGGCUUCAGAGGUUGGCGGAGUCGUGCUCCAAUUGGUCAGGACUGUCCUUGAAUCCUGUGGUGAAUCACGUUCUACGAAACGUCAUUGUGAGCAAGAACCCUUCGCUUUUGGAUCUAAGAAACUACCUCUUCUCGCGUCAAUGUGCCAUGAUCCUUAAGGUCCACAACCCUUUGGAAAUGGCCAAACGUUCCCUCUCAUUCCUGCAUAACUCUGUGCAAGAGAUCAACAUUUUGGAGUUGUCCUUUCCUAAAGGCAGCAUCGCCUGUUGGGUGUUCCUCUCGUGUUUGGAGAUUCUGUUGACGUAUGAGAAGUAUUCGGAUUCAUCGAACCGCAUUCAGCUCUAUUGUCUGCACACGGCAUCAUUGUGGGAAUACGCACGCAGUAAACUUCUCGAAUUGGGUAAUCUGUGUGGGUUGAUGCCUAACAUGGAGCCAUCGAGUAAACAGAUCCAUCGGGUGGUGGAACUUUCCUCUGGGAUUCGAGACGACCAUUAUGUCAGUGUGGAUCGGAAAGGUCGUAAUCCCAUUGAAAAGCUCAAAGAAGCCCUCUCCUCCAAGCAAGCCUUUCAAAAGUAUUAUUUGGAACUCUCGGAAUUGGCCAUCAGCACUUACAAACAAAUAGGAAGGAUCCGCUCGGCCAGAUACAUUGGGAUCGAUUUAGCCAAAUUCUAUCUUCUCUUGGAACAGAUCCCGCAAGCCACCACGUUUCUGUUAGAUGCUCUGAAGACGUUCCAGGGUGAAGGAUGGGACCCUUUGGAAUGGCAAACCCUGACAGAAGUGGCCCAUUGCUACCGAAAACUCGACGAGAAAGAAAAACUGGUUCGCACAUGCGCACAAAUUGCCGCUUUUAAAGCUAUGAACCAACCCGAGGACAAAGAAGAAGUGGAAAGAGGGAGAGAAGAAAAGGACGACCAGACGGGGGCAGCUCCCGAAAUUAGAAUGAAGACAGGAGGAGCCCGUUGUUCCGUUUCGCCUCUCAACAACAAGACGAACGAGACUGAAGAUGAGGACAACGCCGGAGAGCGAAUGAACUUUUUCAAAGAGCUAUUGGCUCUGGCGGAACAGAUUCCUACCGAGGUGAACAUUGACGCCUGCCCGAACAUGGUCAAAAUCGUGUCGUGUCAAAUCACGAACCGCUCAUCAACGGCCUUGAAGGUAAUUUCGGGUGCCGAGGUCACGUUGGCUUUGGAGGUGUUCAGCAAUUUCCCGGAUGAGAUCCAAUGUGACGAGAUUGCAGUGGCUUUAGCUCAUACAGAGCCAUUGCCAGUAGCCUUGGUUUUAGAGGCUGAGAAGAAGAAAUUACGGAAAACGCAUUCAGGAGGGGCCAAAAGAACUCUGUCCAACUCCAGUACGUCGUCCAUGGGUGCAAAAGGAUCUAACUCGGGCCGAAGCACUCCCAUGCUUAGCGGAGAAGACGCAGCUGCAUCUCAGGAAUCGUUAAACGAUUUGUCCGAGGAGAGUCACCGUUUGGUCAUUAUGGAGCAAUUCGACCGCAAACAGGACAAGACGCUAGCCGCCACGCGAUUGCUGUGUCGAAAUGCGGCUCAAGUUUUAAAGCGCAAGGACUCGAGUGGCAUGAUCCUCAGGGAUGGCAACAUCAAGAAGUCCGAUUUCACAUUUGCUUUCCGACUCACUCAAGUCUCUUUGAAGCCGGGUCGAAAUCGCUUCGAGUUAAACACGGUGGCUGGACCCGUCGGGAAAUAUGAUUUGAGCCAAUUAUCCGUACAACACAAAAAGCUGAACUUCAUCGUGGCCAACCUGAAGGAAUCUCUUUCGAAGAGCUUCUCGGUGAUCAGCGAACUGCCCUCGAUGAACAUCAACACGAGUUUGGGAGAACUCCUCUGUGGAGUCAAGGAAAUUGUAACCCUUUCCAUCGCAACGGGAAGCCAGACGAUCCAAAAGGGCACUGUGCUGAAAGUGACUUGUUCCCGUGGCCUUAAGGGACAACAAACUGAAGAGGCGGAACCACUCAAGGGCACGGAGGAGCUUCAAUCCCAAUUUGAGAUCGUUCUGCCAGAAGGAAACCCCUUUGAGGUCUUGCAAGUGAGGCUCACCCUUUUGGCGGAAUUGCCCGUGGCCACCUCCUCGAUCGUGGUGAAGGAUAAUAAGGGCCAAAAUUGGAUCCAGAGUGUGUCGGAUCAUUUGAUCCGAAUCGAUAACAUUUGGAAGUCCCCCGGUAACGAUGUGGUGGAACUGCCUCUCCAUUUCAUUCGCCCUUUCCACGUUUCCGUUCGAUUGACGACCUCGUAUGCCAAAAAGAUUGUUGAGAUCAGCGUGGUUGGUGAUUGCGCCAAGGCCACGUGGUUCGAGAUUUCCAAUCCCGGAUUGAUUUUGAUGAACGGGGACAAGGAUGAGAUUAAGGGCAUCUCUCUGGAGGCUAUUUGCGGCGGUGAAGACUCCUACGAGAUUUCUAAAGAUGGCUCGUGCACUUUCUUCUACGAUCUGAACAUUGCUCCUGAAGUGGAAACGCGGCACCUGCCCACCGUCAUGAAGACACGAGCCACCCUGGAUUAUUGUCGGAUUGACGAGAUUUCCGGCGAUCAUCUCGAUGACAAGCGAUCCAUUCAGAUCAUGCCUGACUUUGUGGACUACACGACCCUGUACAUUCUCUCCAGCCGAAUUCUGGCCGCCCAAGGGGCCGAGAUUUGUCGAUCGGCCACGAUUUGUUCCCUGAUUUUGGAUCUGGAGCAAGUAUCUCCCACUGAACACACAUCCAUUAUGUACGAGGUUUUGGCGGACCAAGCGGUGUGGGCCGUAUGCGGUCGAGCUGCUGCGGUUAUUGACAUGUCCUCGGCCCAAAGGCAAACCAUCCAUGUGGAAGUGAUGCCAUUAGUCGGUGGUCAUUUGGCCUUGCCCAAGGUCAGGUUGUCCAAGUACAUCGUACCCCAAGAAGGAAGUGGGUCGUCAGCCAAACAGAACGACAAACGAGAUUCAUCGUCAAUGUCUAAAUUGGAGCCGUUCUCACCCGGACAAAUUUUCAAUGCGAGUCGAUUCCAACGAGUCCACGUUUUGGCCAACGCAUCCCGCAAAAAGGACUCGACCGCGUCCUCGGAUCAACAGCCUCAGCCUCCGUCGCUCACUUCUCUCUCUUUGGAGAUGCAGAGCUUAUCCACGCGGAGCCUUCUUCUCCAGAGUCAGGCCAUUGGUGGUGGCUCCAAUACGAUUUCCCUACCCUAAUCACUCUACCGUGAACAAUUUGAAUAGUUUUAUUGGCGAUAACGUCGUUUUGCGUGGCAUUCGUCAUGACUUGGAUGAGAUGACUCAUGUCGAAGAAGUGAUCGCGGCCGUUGAAGACCAAGACGAGGCCAAUCAGGACACUGGCGAAGAGCACGAAGCAGAUCAUAAAGUUCCGACAAAAAUGUG